AUGGCCUUCCUGUGGAUUCUCUCCUGCCUCGCUUUUGUGAGCACAGCCUUCGGCUGUGGCAAUCCUGCCAUCAAGCCCGUCAUCACUGGCUACUCCAGGAUUGUCAACGGUGAGGAGGCCGUGCCCCACUCUUGGCCCUGGCAGGUGUCCCUGCAGGACUACACUGGCUUCCACUUCUGUGGUGGCUCCCUGAUCAACGAGAACUGGGUUGUGACUGCUGCCCAUUGCAACGUGAGGACCUCCCACCGUGUCAUCCUCGGUGAGCACAACAAGGCCGCCAACGGUGAGGAGAUCCAGGUCAUGAAGGUCGGCAAGGUCUUCAAGCAUCCCAAGUACAACCAGUUCACCAUCAACAACGACGUCCUGCUGAUCAAGCUGGCCUCCCCCGCCCAGAUCAACCCCCGCGUGUCCCCCGUGUGCGUCGCUGAGACCAACGACAACUUCCCCGGUGGCAUGAGGUGUGUGACCUCUGGAUGGGGCCUGACCAAGCACAGCAACCCCAGCACCCCCGCUCUGCUGCAGCAGGCCUCCCUGCCCCUGCUCUCCAACACCCAGUGCAAGCAGUUCUGGGGAAACAGGAUCUCCGACCUCAUGAUCUGCGCUGGAGCCUCCGGUGCUUCCUCCUGCAUGGGUGACUCUGGUGGCCCCCUAGUGUGUGAGCAGGCUGGAGCCUGGACCCUGGUUGGUAUCGUGUCCUGGGGCAGCGGAACCUGCACCCCCACCAUGCCCGGAGUAUACGCCCGCGUCACUGCCCUCCGCUCCUGGAUGGACCAGACCAUGGCUGCCAACUAA